AUGGUCUCGAGAUCGAGUGGCGUCGAUCAAUAUGUUCAGCAGAUUCCACUGCUCGCCCUGGUUUUUCUGCCAUUGAUCAGCGCGAUUUUUGGGUUGAGGUAUAUUAAUUUGAAGAGUGUCAUACAUUUUCAACAGGUUGGUCAUACAUUUUCAGCACAAAGUCUUCAAAAAAAUAACUUUCCAGGGAACCCUUGGCACAUCGCCAUGGCGUGCCGCCGCCACCAUGACCUUCCUAACCCUUCCCGUCUUCUUCGUGUGGUGUCUCGUGAUUCGCGGGCCUUCCGCGAUAUUUUUCCAAGUUGGCGCAAGUCUCGCGCUCAUUUUAACCACCCUAACUGCCUCGCCAAUUCUACACUAUCUACCAAGUCCGAGUCUAUCGAAAUAUUUUCAGUUGCGGUAUCUAUCGGAUUCUCGUAAGUUUUUUUUUGAAAAACAACGAGACUCCGCGCUUACGCGCGCGCGUUGUUUCAAAAAAGUCAAUAAUGAUUAUUAUUCUCCAGUCCGCCUACUCGUCUCCAUUUUCCAAUGCUCUCUCCUCACUCUAACCUCUCUCAUCCUCCUCUAUCUCGCCUCGUCUUUUCUGUCUGUCGUCUCCGCGUUGUCUGUGUAUCUCGUGCUGCCACUCAUCGCCUAUUUCUCGCUGUUUUCCGUGAUUUUUUUCGGGACACUCGAUGAUGAUGAAUUUCAGCUUUUUGUUGUAUAUUUUGGUGAGUUUUUUGGGGGUUUCUAGGCCACCGAAUUUGGAUUUCUAGGCCACAAAAAAAGUAGCGCCACGUGGCAAAAAAUCAAAAUUUUUGAAAAAGCAUCAUAAAUGCGAAAAUAACCAAGGUUUCCAAACACACGCGUAGCCUAGUGGAGAACACGCGCGCCUCUCAUCCACACCGCGAGCAUUUUGCUCGAGUUCAACCCCCAGCCAGAACUUUUAUUUUUUUUGUUUGUUUCACCAAACAACUUGAACUUUUUGGUAGAAACAUGCGCCACGUGGCAGAAAAAUAAAUCUUUGGGUUUCUAGGCCACCAUAUAAAUAUCUAGGCCAUGAUCCAAACAUCCUCCCAAUUUUCUUCAGGUUCCCACAUUUGGCAUCGGAAUUUUCCUCUUCUACGGCCUGGAGAAUAUUCGCUCCAUUGACAAUAUCAUCGAAUUCGAAAAAUACGAUUUUGGCGCAAGUUUUUCGUCAAUUUUCAUCGGUUUCAUCGUCAAUUUCUACCUGCUGAAUUCCAGUUUUUUGUAUCAGGUAUGUAACAUUUUCUUGAAUUUCCUUCUGAAAAAAUUUAAUUUCAGGUGUAUUCGCCGAUGCCAACAAUGCACAAACUUCGUCUAACUCUCACUUUUUAUGGUGUUUUUCAAUUUUUUGCCGCUUUUUUCGCUUUCAUUUUUGCUACACUGUUUUUGGAUUUUUUGGAGAAUCAUUGCAAAUUUCCAAUGUCUUUUGGAUCGUUUUUUCAAUUUUCAAAGGUUAGUUCGGCCACCAAAAUUACCAAUUCGGGUUUCUAGGCCACGAUUUGGGUUUAUAGGCCACGAUUUGGUUUUCUAGGCCAAUAAAAUCAUAAAUCUAGGUUUCUAGGCCACCGGAGGUGUGCAUUUGGGUUUCUAGGCCACAAUUUGGUUUUCUAGGCCACCAGAGUCCUCAAUUUGGGUUUCUAGGCCACCAGAGUCAUCGGUUUGGGUUUCUAGGUCACCAGAGUCGUAAAUUUGGGUUUCUAGGCCACGAUUUGGUUUUCUAGGCCACCAUAGUCAUCGAUUUGGUUUUCUAGGCCACAAAAAUCGUGAAUUAUCGUUUCUGGGCCACGAGUUGGGUUUCUAGGCCACCAAAAUCACUCAUCCGGGUUUCUAAGCCAACAGAGUCAUCAAUUUGGAUUUCUAGGCCACGAGUUGGGGUUCUAGGCCACCAGAGUCAUCAAUUUGGGUUUCUAGGCCAUUAAAAGCAUCGAUUUGGAUUUCUAGGCCACCAGAUAUAUCAAUUUGGGUUUCUAGGCCACCAGAGUCAUCAGUUUGGGUUUCUAGGCCACCAGAGUCAUCGAUUUGGGUUUCUAGGCCACACAGAACUUUGUAUUUGGAUUUCUAGGCCACGAUAUUGAUUCUGCACUAUUUUUCAUGGUUUUUGAUCAUUUUUGGUUUCUGAAAUCAGGUUUUCAGACUAUUUUUCUCGAAUUUUAAUUUUUCUCGAAAGAAAAAAUCAAUUUUCCAGGUCACACUCUCGAAUAAAUUCCAAGUUUUCACUGUCUGCGCCUCUUGCAUCUCAAUACUAUCUUUCUGCCUCCAAUGGUGCCUAAUGGGCCUAAUCACUCUGAUUUGGGAGGAUUUUUUGGCGAAAAAAUUGCGAAACUGGAAUCCGAUUCAACAAUUGUGCUCCCUUCAAUUCGCAUUGCUCAUAUUAACCACGGCGUUGGUGGUUUUGGCGGUGGUGGUGAAUUUGAUGCGAUGGAAUUUGGGAUUGCAUUUGCCGAGUGUGAUUUAUGUCGUUUUGUGAGUUUUUUUUCACUGUUUCAAAAAUUGCAUUGAAAUCCUAAAAGCGGAUUUUUUGAUGUUAGCUAAUUUUAUUAAAAAUUCUGAAACAGUGAAUUUUUUUUUUCGAAAAAAAAUUUCCACGUUGAAAACUAACCGAAAUCCGCCAUCAUAAAUUCGAAAAUCAACCCUGAUUUCAAAAGAGCAGCGUAGCUUAGUGGAUAGCACGCGCGCCUUUCACCCACAGCGCCGCAUUUUGCUCGAGUUCAACCCCCAGCCAGAACUUUUAUUUUUUUUUGAAUUCAGAUUUUUUUCAACAAAGAAAAAUUGCCACGUGGCUUUUUUUCUCAAUUUUUUUAAAAUUAACGUAUGAGUUUCUAGGCCCAUCACAAAUCAAAUUUAAAAAUCAAAAGUUUUUGCCACGUCAUAACUCAAACCUUUAUUUCCAGCUCAUUAUUCUCAAUCUCCGCCGGUCUAACAAUUUGCGGAUAUUAUCUACCAUUUUGCUCAUCACGCGGUGCAAUUCUCGCAUUUAGCCUAACUUCAAUUCUAACAAUCCUCAAUUUAUCCAUAUAUUUUCUCAAUAAUUCAACCGAAACUUUUUCGAAUUUCUGCAAUUUACAACACGGAUUGGUUAUGGUUGAUGAUCCGCUGAUUAUAAGUUCAUCAACUACACAAAAAUCAACGAUUAGUAUGGAUCGAAUUGUGUAUUUUGUAUCGCAUUUGCCACCACAAACACAACCGAUUAUUACGAUUUUGGUGGGUUUUUUGGGGUUAGCCUUGGUGUUGCAUUGUCAUUGAUGUUCCGAAAAUAAGGAAAACUUAUAUGAUUUCUUUGAAACAGUAAAAAAAAUUUUAAAAGUAAUAAAUUUUGAAAAUAUCAACAAAACUUACAAGUAUUUUUUAAAACAGUAAAUUUUUCCUGCAGAAAAAAAUAGGUGAUCGUAAUUUCCAGAAAUCCAAUUUUUAUCCAUUUUUUUUGAAACAGUAAUUUUUUUUUGACAGAUGAUUUGAAUUCAUAAAAAUUUUCCGACAACAAAUAAAUACGUAAUUUUUAUGAAACAGUAAAACAUGUUGCAUUUUAUCCUAAGUAGAGCGAAAUUAUGAAAACAUUGAAAUCUACAGAAAUCCAAUUUUAAUCCAUUUUAUGAAACAGCAAAUUUUUUUUCGGACAAAAAAGUUGGAAUCGAAUUUCGCGUCUGAAAUCAAAUCCACGUGGAAUUCAUGAUAAUCGCGCGUCAAACAAUUAUUCAUCAAAUUUUCCAGAAACAAAAAAAAUAUAUGAUUUUUUUGAAACAGUGAAAAAUGCUGAAUUUAAACCCACACCGAGAAGUAGCGAAAUUUUGAAAAAAUCAGGAAAAUUAGUAUUUUUUUUGAAACAGUAAUCAAAAUAAAAAAUUUUUAAAAACAACAAAAAAUUUAAUAAUUUAUUUGAAACAGUGAACUUUUCUUUGAAAAUUUAAUUUUCGCGUCUGAAAUCCACUCCACGUGGAAUUCAUGAUAAGUCGGUUCCAAAGUGUUAUUAUCAAAUUUUCCAGAAACAAAAAAAAUUUCAUGAUUUUUUUGAAACAGUGAUUUUUUUCGAUAGAAAACAACUGGUCAUCAUAAGUCCAGAAAUCCAAUUUUUUCCAUUAUUUUUGAAACAGCAAUUUUUUUGACAGAUGAUUUGAAUUCAUUAAAAUUUUUCGGCAUCAAAAAAUACGUAAUUUUUUUUGAAACAGUAAAAAAUUCUGAAUAUCUACUCAAACCCAAAAAUAGCGAAAUUUUGAAAACAUUUGCAAAAUUAAGUAUUUUUUGAAACAGUAAAUUAUAAUCUUCACGAAAUAAUCGAAAAACCAAAAUUUUAUAAACAACAAAAAAUUUAAUAAUUUAUUUGAAACAGUGAACUUUUCUUUGAAGUUUCCAUUUUCGCGUCUUAAAUCGAAUCCACGUGGAAUUCAUGAUAAUUUGGUCCUAAAAAGUUGUUUAUUAUCAAAUUUUGCAGAAAUGAAAAAAAUAUAUGAUUUUUUUGAAACAGUGAUUUUUUUUAAACACAAAAAAAUUGGAACCAAGUGCACUGGGAUAAUUUGAAAUCAGAAAAAUUUAUUUAUGAAAAAUUAGAAUUUUUUUUUGAAACAGUGAAUUUUUCAAAAGCGUUAAUUUUCCACGUGGCAUUUUCAGCCCCAAAAAAUCCCGAAAUUUUCCAGAUGUUCAUCUCCCUCUGCGCUUUCAUUUCGUUCCUAACCGGCGGUCAAGAUCAAAUGGGUCUCGACUGGAAUUUGAUUGCGUUCACGUGGGCCACGUCGAUUCGCGGAACAUCCACCAACACCACAUUUUCGACGACGACGAAACGCCCGUUUUUUGUCGUCGACAGCGAAUCUUUCAAAUAUGCUCAACAACAGAAUCAGAAUCCCACUCCAAGUCCUGAUAUUAAUGUUUUUCGGUGA